AUGGCUGACCACAACACAGAGCGCAUUUACCCUCCACUCGACCAUUCUCUGCUCCUCUACGAAGUCGUAGACUUUCACAUCGACAACAACCCCACCGUGCCAAUCUAUGUAUACCCCGAUGACCAGUCCCCCGAUGGCGUCACUCAUAUCUCCUUCCUCGAGUUUGGCCGUGCAGUCCACCGCGCAGCUCAUAUCCUGCGCCCAGGGCGAGAGGGUCCAGAGGGCGAGGUCAUUGCACUUAUCGCCAACGUUGACACACUCCUCUAUCAAGCGAUUGUUGUUGGAAUGAUGAAGGCUGGCAUCGUCCCCUUCCCCAUGUCUCCGCGCAACUCCGCCCCCGCUGUCAUCGACAUGAUGAAGAAAACAUCCUGCACCCGCAUCCUCACUCUCUCCCACACGCACUCGGAGCUCCUACACGCCAUCGACACCGAACGCGCCUCCCAAUCUCUCCAACCCGCAACAACCACAGAAAUCCCAACGCUCGCCCAGCUCUUCCCCCACCUAGGACACGAAACCUCCUCCCACCCCUUCACCCAGCACCCCGGCCCGUACCCACCCCCAAACGCCCGCCCGGACGUAGACACACCGGCGAUGUACAUGCACUCCUCCGGCUCAACCGGCUUCCCCAAGCCCAUCGCACACACCUUCCGCAUCCAGAUCCAAUGGCUCGCCCAGCGCCGCUUCUACACCCACUCCGGCGCGCGCCUCUACCCCGGCGAGCCCGACGCCGCCGUCUCAGCGCGGCGGAGGCUGGGCACGAUGGCGCUCCCCGCGUUCCACAGCUUCGGGUACGCGUUCCAGGUGUACGCGCCGCUCGGCGGUAUGGUCUCUGUCGGGCUGUUCGCGCCGACUAGUAUGCAGGAUCCAGGGAAGGCACCGGUCAUUCCGACGUCGGAUAGUCUCUUAGAUGCGAUCGUUCGGACGAGGAGCACCGUCGUGCUCACCGUGCCUGCGUUCGUCGAGCAGUGGGCCGAGUCGCGCGAGGCGGUGGAUGCGCUCAAGCGCAUGGAGUACGUGCUCUACGGCGGCGGCCCCCUCCCCACGAAAACAGGCGAUAGCCUCAGCGCACAGGGCGUGCCCAUCGCAAGCGAGCUCGGCGCGACCGAGUUCGGGUGCCCCGUCGCGCUCCCGGACAAGCAGGACCUCGCGGACGGCGACUGGGUCUGGAUGCGCUUCUCGCCGCACGUCUCCAUCCGCUGGGUGCCGCAGUCCCAGUCGGGGGAACGGGACGCGGGGUUCGAGUGUGUGUUUCUGGGGAUUGACGUGGGUGGGGGGCAGUCGAACGAGAAGAUCACGCUCGCGGUUGAGAAUCUCCCCGAGGAGCACGGCUACGCCACCUCGGACGUGUGGAUAGAACAUCCGACGAAGAAAGGCCUGUGGAAAGUCAUCGGCCGCGUCGACGACGUCCUCACCCUCGCAACCGGCGAAAAAACCGUCCCGGGGCCAAUGGAAGACGUCCUCGCCGCGCACCCGCGCAUCGGCGGCGCGGUCAUGUUCGGGCGCGCGCGCCACCAGGUCGGCGUGCUCGUCGAGCCGCGCGGGGCGUACGCGUUCGAUGUGCGGGAUGAGCGGGCGUUGGCGGGGUUUCGGAAUGCGAUCUGGGACGCGGUUGAGACGGCGAAUAAGAACGCGCCGGCGUUCAGCAGGAUCUUCAAGGAGAUGAUCCUCGUCGCGAGCCCGGAAAAGCCGCUCCCGCGCGCACCGAAGGGAACCGUGCUCAAGAAACGUGCGCUGCAGGCGUACGAGGCCGAGAUCGCUGCGCUAUACGAAGAAGUCGAGCGCAGCACGCACAGCGCGAUCGGCGUGCCAGACCAAUGGACGCAGGAGACCCUCGAAGACUGGCUCGGCAAGCAAGCAGCGCUCGUCAGCGCGCGCACGGUCGGCCGCGACGCCGACUUCUUCGCACAGGGAUUCGACAGCUUGACAGCGACGUACCUCCGCAACCGCAUCAUCGGCGCGCUGCGCACAGACACGGACGCGAACGUGCGCACGCGCGCGGCGCAAAGUGUCCCGCAGAACAUCGUCUUCCAGAACCCAACGAUUCGCCAGCUCGCGGGCGCCGUCGUGCGCAUCGCUGCCUCCGCUGCCCCCAACUCAGCUGCAGUUACUUCUGCGAGCGGCGAUCUACCCGCCCUUGUGGAGAAAGAGCUGGAGGAAGAAAAGACACGUCGUGUAAAGGCCAUCGAAGCGAUGAUCGAGAAAUACACCCAGGACCUAACCGGCCCGGCUGCUGGCGCUGCCCGCGACGUGAUACCGCUCAGCGGGCAGAAUAAGGCAACGGUUCUGCUCACGGGUUCGACGGGCGGGCUGGGCUCGCAUCUCCUCGCGCAUCUACUCGUGGAUGAGCGCGUCGAGCGCGUGUACGCGUUCAAUCGGCCGGCUGCCUCCGCUGGGGCGGGGAAGACGAGUCUGGAGCGCCAGACGGCGGCGUUCUUGGACAAGGACCUCGCUGCUGCGCUGCUCGCGUCGGAGAAACUCAAGUUCGUGGAGGGUGUGUUGGCGGAAGAGAAGCUGGGUUUGGGCGAGAGCGUGUAUGACGAGCUCCGGAAUUCGGUGACGCAUAUCAUCCACGCGGCCUGGAGACUUGACUUCAACCUCGCCUUAUCGUCUUUCGAGCCGCACGUCCGCGGCACGCGGAACCUCGUCGACCUCGCGCUCGCCGCGUCUUCCUCGUCUUCAUCCUCGGCUCCAGCCCGCGUGCUGUUCACGUCCUCGAUCGGGUCGACCAAGUCCUGGGAUAAAUCCAAGGGCGCGUAUCCGGAGGAGGUGCUCCUUGAUGCUGCGACGGCGGUGGGGAACGGGUAUGGGGAGAGCAAAUAUGUUGCUGAGCGGGUACUGAGCAAGAGCGGUCUCACUACGACUUCGGUCCGCAUCGGCCAGAUUGCGGGCGGGCCCAACGGCGCAUGGGCAACGUCCGACUGGGUACCCAUAUUAAUCAAGUCGGGGAUCGCACUCGGUGCGCUGCCCGAUGCGCUUGGUGUCGUCUCGUGGCUCCCAACACGCACCGUCGCAGCCGCCCUGAUCGACGCCGCCUUCGCGCCCGUCGCGCACCCCGCGCUCAACCUCGUGCACCCGCGCCCGGCGCCGUGGCAGACCGUCUUCGGGCACAUGCGCACCGCGCUCGCGACCAAGGCCAAGCGGAGCGUGCCCGAGCUGCAGCUGCCGUUCGUGCCUUUCAGCGAGUGGCAUGCGCUCCUGGCGCGGAGAGCCGCUGCGUGUGAGGGCACGGGGGAUCUUGAUGCGAUCCCUGCGAUCAAGCUCCAAGGAUACUUCGCCGCACUCGCCAAGGCCGACGAAGAUCUCCGUGCUGCGAGCAACGACGGCGUCCGUGCCGACUCGGGCGUCGGCGAAGCGGGCGGAUCUGCCACGCUUUCGACGGAGAAGUUCCAGAGCGUCAGCGAGGCGCUCAGAGGUGUCGAGCCGCUGGGUAGGGAGGAUGCGGAGGCAUGGGUCGGUUAUUGGGCUUCUAAGGGGUAUAUCUGA